UAUUGAACACCACCCCACAACAAAAAAAUAGGGUGAAAAAGAAAACAAAGAGGCAACAACUGCUGAUGAGAGAGAGAGAAAAAUGCAUAGACAAGUUUUUGUAUCUUAGAGAGAGAAAGAGAGAGUGUGGGGUGAAGAAGAAGAACUAAAGCCCCACAUAUUUUGAUUUUAGAGGGAGAAAUUGCCGUAAUAUAAGAAACCCAGAAAGAUUUUGAGGAGUCUUACCUUCGAUUCAUUCAUCUUCUUUGAAAAAGAUUCACACCCAAAAAAAAAAAAAAAUCAAUCUUCCCAAGCUUUUGAUUGCUCUGUUGCAGAGUGGUCUCCUUGUAUGUGCUAUGUCUUUUGUUGUUGAAGAAGUGGGUUUUUGUAGUUCUCACAGAUCUUGAGGUGGCAGAGGGAAGAAAAGGGUAGAGAGUGAGAGAGAGAGAAUGGAUAAGUUACAGUGGGGAAAAAGAAAGCGCCUGCGUUGCGUGAAGGUGGUCAAAGACUCUUCAGUUUUGGGGGAAAAAUCAGCCGCCGCAGGCGGCGGUGAUGGUGCUGUGAGGAAGAAAAUCACAUCUCGUGUCCUUGGCAGUGCUGCUGCGGAUACUAAUAGACAAAUCUACCCCUCUUCUCUUCAAUCGCCUCAUCGUCUCAGCAGGGAUUUGGGGACGAUGAACAAAUCAAGUUUGAACGAGAACACAAAAGUGGCCACAUUUUCGUCGUCACCGGAGAAGGAAGAUCGAUAUUAUACGACUAGGGGUUCAAUAGGAUUGGAUCAUGAUAAUGGAAAGUUGUUUACGGAGCCAAGGAGGGAGGAAAAUAAAGGAGAGGUUGUGUGGCCAAAACUAUUUGUUACGUUGUCAAGCAAAGAAAAGGAGGAAGAUUUUAUGGCUAUGAAAGGGUGUAAACUACCUCAGAGGCCUAAAAAGAGGGCCAAAUUGAUCCAAAGAACCUUACUUUUGGUGAGUCCAGGAGCAUGGUUAUCAGACCUUUGCCAAGAGAGGUAUGAAGUGAGGGAGAAGAAGUCUUCCAAGAAGAGACCUAGAGGAUUGAAGGCUAUGGGAAGUAUGGAAAGCGAUUCGGAAUGAGAAGAAGUUUGAAAGAGAGAUGAAGGAAGGUAACAGGGGCUGGCUGGUGCAAUCUGCAUUGGAUAGUAUCAUUUUUUCUUGUUUGGUAGGUAGGAAAGUGACAAAGAAAGGAGAAAUUGAGGUGGUCUCUGUUAUUGUAUGUUUGAAGAAAUGCUAUCUUAUCUUUCCGAUUCUAAUCUAAUUUCUUCCAUAUUGGGUAGAAAUUUUUUUCCA